UGUGGACUUAGAAGAUGAGAGGACGUCAUUAUUAAACAAAAUCGACUUGUUCACGCGGUGUCUAUUGCGGCCGAGUGUUCAUUUAUCCACUACUAGAAAAAGUAAACUGCGCGAACCGCGGUGAAUUAUUCUGAAGUACAGUAUUUGUCAUGGGCAAUAAUGUGUCGGGUUUAUCAACACUGCAAAGAGGACAACAGCGGGGCUUUCAGAGACUUCAAACCUCUCAGAAAGACUCCUUUGGUGGCCCGUUCCCAUCCACAUCCCACCGGUGCCACCACAAACCCAAGAGGUGUCUGCCUAUCCAUUGCAGCAGUGUUGGUGGGCCUCUCCAAAUCAGCCCUCUCCUCUUCCAUCCAAAUGCCAAGGGAUCCCAAAUCGUCAUGGACCUGACCCAGAAGACAGUCAAGAGGCAGGCCAGUUUCUGCAAUGCCAUCACCUUCAGCAACAGGGCCAUAGCACUGUACGAGCAAGUCCGCCUCAAGAUUACUAAAAAGCAGUGCUGCUGGAGUGGGGCUCUGCGUCUGGGCUUCACCUCCAAAGACCCCUCUAGAAUAAACCCUGACAAUUUGCCGAAGUAUGCCUGUCCCGACCUGGUGUCUCAGAGUGGCUUCUGGGCCAAAGCCCUGCCCGAGGAGUUUGCCAAUGAGGGCAACGUCAUUGCCUUUUGGAUUGACAAAAAGGGACGUGUUUUCUACCGCAUCAACGAGUCCAGUCCAAUGCUGUUUUUCAGCGGAGUCCGCACAACUGAGCCCCUGUGGGCUCUCAUCGAUGUUUACGGUCUGACACGUGGAGUGCAGCUGCUAGACAGUGAAGUCGUGCCUCCCGACUGCCUACGCCCACGCUCCUUCACCACAGUCCGCUCCUCCUCCCUACGGCGUGAAGCAGAUGACACCCGCCUGUCCGUCAGCCUGUGCGACCUCAACCUGCAGCAGGAGGACAGAGGUCGGGCCCACGCUCACUCGCAUCGCCACACGCUGCACCUGGCCUCCGCCUCCUCCUCCUCCACCUGUCCCAUCCCCCAGAACUCACUCAACUCCCAGCAGUCCUCGCUCCUGCCAUCCGCACUAGAGAGCGACCUCCACUUCCACCAGUUAAGGGGGGCCCACAUCAAGACGCUGGAUGAACAGACCGUGGCGAGGUCCGAGCAUGCGCGGGAAGAGCACACACUGGUAUUCACCAACCGGCCUCUGCGCACUGGAGAGACCGUCUUUAUCAAAGUCACUAAAUCCAGCCCGGCCCGCUCCGGGUCCUUGUCUUAUGGGGUGACGUCGUGCGACCCGGCGGUACUGCGGCCCAGCGACUUGCCCUACAACCCAGAGGCUUUGGUGGACAGGAAGGAGUUCUGGGCGGUGUGUCGGGUGCCCACCCCGCUCCAAAGCAGCGACAUCCUGGGCUUCCUGGUCAACCAGGAAGGAGAGAUCAUCCUCAGCCACAACGGCGCCAACGUGGGCAUGCAGGUGUGCGUGGACAACUCCCGUCCUCUCUGGAUGUUCUUUGGCCUGCACGGAGCCGUGACUCAGCUGAGGAUUCUGGGUUCAACUCAUGUCGGGGUUCCACGGGCCACAUCCAAUAACAGCUCGCCCUCAUUUUCCCUGCACACCCCCAGUGCCCUGGGUGCUGGCAACUCGGAUCCGGUCCUGAAUGGAGGUCUUGGCUCGGUAUACUGCACCUCAACAGGGGGAACAACCCCAAAUUCACCAGUAAGCCUUCCCAAAUCCCCCACUUUCCCGUCAGGCCAAGGGCCUUGGUCUGACGAGUGUUCCAUCUGCUACGAGAAUGCGGUGGACACAGUCAUCUACGCCUGUGGACACAUGUGUCUGUGCUACACCUGUGGCCUCAAACUCAAGAGGAUGUCCAACGCCUGCUGUCCUAUCUGCAGACGACAGAUCAAAGACAUCAUCAAGACCUACCGCAGUACAUAGGGACAGCACAGGGGAGCAGACGGACGUCUCCAUAGCAACAGCAGGGAAAGACAGAUCCAAGUUCAGGGAAUUUGAACGUUGGUACUUUUGAUUUGGUAUUUUCACCAAGCUGUCGUAGCUUGGUCGGUCGUUUCUCCUGUUCAUCGCUGGUCACAGGUCGUCUUCACUAACUCGCUCAAGUGUUUGCCCUCUUGUGGGAACUGGAAAAAGAAAAAGACUGAACCACUUGCAAACUUUUUCCACCUUUCGAGCCACGUCGUAGGAAUGAAAGCGCUUUGAGGCCGAAUAUCGACGACAGACGACAGCCGUUGACGACUGAUGUUCUGAAAUGUGUCGUCAGCCUGAAAAGCUAACCAGCAGCAGGCGAACGGCUCGGUAUGUCACAACUUGUGUCUGUGUGUUACUGAGCGUUUGGAAAUGAGAGGUUGAGUCUGACACAUCCCCGUAGUCGUUGUGGUGAUUAUCAGUGAGUGGUGUGUUUUAAAAGCAGGCUGACGCUGAGUAUAUAUCACGUAGGGUAGUGACACCUCUUGUACUCAUGUAUUCUAAUGUACCUUUCAUGGUAGUUCUAUUGCAAUUGUGGUAGCUAUGAUUUUGUACUCGCCAGCUGCUUGCUCUGCAAUGUGGUGUGUUUCACUGGAAUCAGCACCGUCCUCUCAGAGAGGUUCCAUUGGUUCAAAGCAUCCACAAACCUGCGUCUGGCAGACUCAGCACUUGGGGACAGGAAACAGGAAGUGAAAUAAAACAAUAAAUUGGAUUCUCCUCAGGGCCAACUUUAUAAUGAGAUGUGAAUAUUUUCCCAGAAUCAUGCCUAAUACACUGUGAGGGCUCAACAUGAAUUGACAGAUGCUCAAAAAUAGCUAAUGUAAGAACACACACACACACAAAGUAAAAGGAUUGUUGCCAUGGUAUCAAAAGUCACCACAAAUACAACACAACCUCCUGCCUUAACACACAGAAGGUUCAUUUGUUAGAUGUGGAUGUUUUUAUUAAUUUUUUUAACCCCAGACAGAUUCACCAAAUACUAAUGCUGUUGUGCAGCACAAACUGUCACAAGAGCUUCACUCAGAGGAAAAAAAAGCACAAGAGGUAUUUUUGUAACAGAGGUCCAGAAUAUUUCCAGUAUUUAACUUUCAUAAUGUUUGUGACAGGAUUCUUUACCAGCAGCACAGAUCGUUUACAGAAACCAGGUCGGGUCUGAAUAUUCCUAUUAAUGUAAACCCUUGACCUGUCACUCCCCACACAACCUGUACUCAGCACUAAGCCAUAGAUUAUGACAGAACAUCCCACCAAGCUGAGAUGCUUUUUUAUUAAGACUUCAUGUUGUAGAUAAUCAACAGAGCUCAGAUCUCUGCUGCGGAAGUGUUUUCUAACCAUCCUCCACUGGUGACACGCUGACGGCGCCCCCGCUCCCAUGUCACCGUUCCAUUACGCUACUGCUUGAAGUGUUAAUUCACAUUUUGAAUGUUAACUUAUGUAUUUAGAGAGAAAUCGUUUAUAUAAGAGUGCUUGAACUGAACAAAGCAAACCUUUAGUCUGUGUCUGUGUGAAGAUUUUAAGUUAUAUGUCCCUCCCUGUUCAUCUAACAUUAUGAAAAUGACAAUUAUUAUUUUUUUUAUAGCGAGAAUUAAAAAAGUUUCUUGUACCUAGCGGCAAUAAAUAAUAUUGCAGUACACAAUCAGCACCUCAUUGCUUUGGGUGGCAAGAUGUAAAAUCCUGGUUUAUCAUGAUCCCUGCUAUGGUUUUAGUGUUUCUUUAUUUGUGAUGUGAGUGAGUGAGUGAGUGUCACUCCCCUUUUCUGUAUUUAUAGCUCUCAUGAUUAUAUGAAGCCAUCAGUGUAUGGUGAUAAUAAUGUCACUUUAAAAAGCUACUGAUUGUAAUUGUGUACAUGUUUUAUCCACCGUUGAUCUCAGAGUCUCGACCACGGUGAAUUUUUAUUUUUGUGCAGACACUCCGAAGACCAAAUCCACUUUUUUUUUAAUUCAUUGUAAGAACGUAAAAUUCUUUUUUUGUUAUAAUUUUGCAUCUAUCUAUUUUGUAAAUCAGCUUUUCAAAAAGGUUUCAUCUGUAAAUUAUUGUGUACACAUUUUAAUCAGGGGCUUUUAUGCCAUUUAGAAUUGUUGCUGUUUGUUUUUCUUUUUUCGGAGAUCCCGCAGGCUCCUUGAAUGUUACCGAUUCUGUAAUGUAUUAUUUAUUAGUCCUUCACUCAGGUGUGGACUUCAAAGGAAAAAAAAAAAACUUCUUGUGUGUUUGCUUUCUGUCCGCGUCACCGCUGUAGCAGUCCAGCUUCUCCGGCCAACACACAGCAGCACAUUUAGAGACUGUUUGUGCAGAACAUAGUACUUUUCUGUCAUGCAUGAGUUAUCUGGUCACCCAGCGUGACAGUCAGGACCAACAGUAGACGGGCGUCCGAGUGGAGCGCUGUUAGUGUUGAUAAAGUGGAACUAGUGGCUACAAAUAGUACGAAGUGCUCGGUUUGGUUGUGACACAGUACUUUGCAAUUUUUUGUCUUUCUCAGUUUGAAACUACCACUGUUUGUUUGUGAGCUCUGUUCAUUGCAGAUCAUAUGACUGUGGUUAAUAAACCUUUCAGAUGUGUUGAGCAGAA